AAGAGAGUAUACCUUUCAUUUCAAAUUACCAAAACACAAACACCAAAAACCAUAUCUUCUUCUCCAUAAUCAAACCCUAACCACGGAGCAUCAAUGGCCGAAAUCAAGGCCACCAGCUCCACCACCACCACCAAGAAGGAAAUCCAAGGCUUACUCCUAGGUCGCUUCGAAAUCGGCAAACUAUUAGGUCACGGAACCUUCGCAAAAGUUUACCUAGCCAAAAACAUCAAGUCCGGCGAAAGCGUCGCCAUUAAAGUAAUCGAUAAAGAGAAGAUCCUAAAAGGCGGUUUAAUUGCUCAUAUCAAGAGAGAGAUUUCAAUUCUUCGACGAGUUCGUCACCCUAACAUUGUUCAACUCUUUGAGGUUAUGGCUACCAAGGCUAAGAUCUACUUCGUUAUGGAGUACGUUCGCGGUGGAGAAUUGUUCAACAAAGUCGCCAAGGGAAGACUCAAGGAGGAACUUGCCAGGAAUUACUUUCAGCAAUUGAUCUCAGCCGUUAGUUUCUGUCACGCUCGAGGAGUUUUUCAUCGGGAUCUUAAGCCUGAGAAUCUUCUUCUUGAUGAGAAUGGUAAUCUUAAAGUUUCUGAUUUUGGUUUGAGUGCUGUUUCUGAUCAAAUUCGUCAAGAUGGUCUUUUUCAUACUUUUUGUGGUACGCCGGCUUAUGUAGCGCCGGAGGUUUUGGCUAGGAAGGGUUAUGAUGCUGCUAAGGUUGAUAUUUGGUCUUGUGGUGUUAUAUUGUUUGUUUUAAUGGCUGGUUAUUUACCUUUUCAUGAUCAGAAUAUUAUGGCUAUGUAUAAGAAGAUUUACAAGGGUGAAUUUCGUUGCCCUAGAUGGUUUUCCCCCGAGUUAUCUCGGCUUCUUAGUCGUGUUCUUGAUACAAACCCUGAAACUAGGGUUACUAUACCUCAUAUUAUGGAGAAUAGGUGGUUUAAAAAGGGUUUCAAACAUAUUAAAUUUUACAUUGAGGAUGAUAAACUGUGUAAAGUUGAGGAUGAUGAUGGGAUUAUUGAUAAGGAAAAGGCUGAGGUUGAGGGUGGUGAUGAUGGGAGUUGUUUUUCUGAUCAGUCUUUGUCUGAAUCUGAUUCGGAAAUUGAGAUGAGAAGAAGAACAGCUUCUUUGCCUAGACCAGCUAGUUUGAAUGCUUUUGAUAUAAUAUCUUUCUCUAGGGGAUUUGAUUUAUCUGGGUUGUUUGAGGAGGGUUCUGAGGAGGAAUCGAGGUUUGUUUCGAGUGCUUCGGUUUCUAAGAUUAUUUCUAAACUUGAAGAGAUUGGUAAAGUUGUUAGCUUUAGUGUGAGGAAGAAGGAUUGUAGGGUGAGUUUAGAGGGUACUAGAGAGGGUGUUAGGGGGCCGUUGACUAUUGCUGCUGAAAUAUUUGAGUUGACACCUUCUUUGGUUGUGGUGGAAGUUAAGAAGAAAAGUGGUGAUAGAGCUGAGUAUGAGCAUUUUUGUAAUCAAGAAUUGAAACCCGGAUUGGAAAAAUUGAGACUUGAGGAGGAGUCUGCUCGUGCUGCUGAUACUGCUAAUGCUGCUGCAACUGCUGCAUCUGCUGCAUCUGCUGCAUCGUCAAAUGUACCAUCAGAUACUGAAUAGAGUUUGAAGGAAAAGAGAGAAAAGAGAAAAGGAUUAGGGUUAUCUUCCCAAGGACUUUCUUCACUUGAUUUUUGAAAAAAAAUUUGGAAACAUUGAAAGAUGGUCAUUUGGUGCUAUUUGUCAUGAGUGGUAUGUUGUAACUAUGGAUAAAAGAAGUGAGCUAAUCAAAUUGAAAUGUCAUAAUAUAGUAUCAAAACUUUUGGUGCCCAAUUAUAAAAGAGUGAGUGGUUGUAAGGUUAAUAAUUCAUGGAAAAUUUUUAGUAUAAUAAACUCAUGAAGAAUUACAUUAAUAUUAAUAACAAACCCAAGGUAUUAUUACUUCCUUCAUAUGAAGAAGCACAUCCUUAGGAUGGUUAGAGACUCUUGGUAAAAACUUGAUUAGUAUUUGAUUUGAAUGCAACUUCUAUUUUUGAUUGGUAAAUUGUUUUUCGAAAACAAAAAUCUAAUCAGUUUUCAAAUCUUAUGAAACAAGUCGAAAACGAGAAAAUCACGUUUUUUCUGUUUUGGGAUAUUGUUUCCCCCAUCUUCCAUCUUCUCGGUGAAGCUUCCACGAAAUCAAGACUCUUCACUCAAUGUUCAUCUCAUCUUACAUCUCCCACUCGCUCCAUAUUUACUCAUCGACCAUUUACACAAGGAUGUCAUAUGAGAUUUGGAGAGAGGCUUGGAUUUUCUGAUCAAAAUAAGAGAAACUUAGAUGCACUCUAAUUCCAAUAUAAUAAACUUGCAAAACAAAAGAACUAGCUAGUAGUUGUUAAUAAUAUCUUAUUAUGCUAAUCUCAAAGCAUGACUUGUACUUUGUCUAUAUUACUUCCUUUGAAGAAUAUCAAAUUAACUUUUUGGGCUCUGUAGUUUUGUUUCAAUGGUGUUAAACUCAGGUUGCUUGAAUUAUAGUGUUCCCUUUUUGAGACUCUUUGCCAAUAAUAACAAUAAUAAUAAAUGAAUUGAUAUGAGCAUUUGCUUUGGAAAGCAAUGUUAAAUACCAA